CGUGAGAGUGAAAGAGAGAGAGGCAGAGAGGGAGAGUUAUAGAGCGACCACCCCUUUAUUAAUAUUAUUCCACACCGCUAAGUUUAGCAUUCAACACGUGUCGCCAGUGAUGGAGAGAGAGUGAGGAAGGGAUAGAGAGAGAGGUUGAUGGUUGCUAGGUGACCGGGCGCAUAUACUGAAUUUUAACAAAAGAACAGGGAAAGAGAGAGAGAGAGAGAGAGAAAGAGAGAGAGGGGAGAGAGGGAGGGAGAGAGGUGGAGAGAGAUCUGAAAAUUGAAUACAUGUAGAAUAUAUAUUCAGAUAUAUAUUUUCAGGGGGGAAACACGCAAACGGAUACCUCAAAAGGGAAGGAUGUGAAAAGAAUGGAGGGACGAAGGGAGCGAGGGGGGAAAGGCUCAUGAAAAACAGCACCCUCUCUUAGAGAGCUUUACAGCUUCGCCCCCCCCUGCCCCAUCCCCCCUCCACGGUUGAUUGAUCUAUUGCAAUGGUCGCCAUACCCACCCUCUCUCUCCUAUUGGCCCUGGCGGAGUGGGCAGGACCGGUCACGCCCUCCCCACACCUCUUGCUCCGCCCCCGGGAGCGGGAGAGAGACCCGGGGACUGUAAUGAACUUCAACAUCGCUGUGAUCCAUGCGGGGGCCAGCGUGCAGGUAGAGGCGGCGGCCGGGCCCGGGGGAAGGGUGCUCUACCCUGGGUUUGGUCGGGCACACAGCUCCCUGGGGGAGAGCGUGAUCACCCAGUGGGGCUCUGCUAACGUCAUCUGGCUCCAGGUGAAUGACAGUAGUCCUAAGACUCUGCUGUCCCAGCUGUGUGACCUGCUGGCAGCGAGGCCCCUGCAGGGCCUGGUCUACGAAGAGGAGAGGCCACCACCCACCGCCUGGGGACCCCUGGCCCCCAUGUUAGAGUUUGUAUCUGCCCAGACUGGACUACCCAUAGUGGCUGUAGGAGGAGGAGCAGGGCUGGGGAGGAUGCAACAGGAGUCAGGCUCCAUCUUCCUCCAGUUCAGCUCAUCCACCAGCCUCCAGCUGGAGGUCAUCUUCAAAAUACUAGAGGAGUACGACUGGACCACCUUCUCAGUGGUGUCCACCCGUCACCAUGGCUACCAGGACUUCCUGUCGGUGGUGGACGGCCUGACGGACGGCUCAUUCAUCGGCUGGGAGAAGAAGAGCGUGGUCAUGCUGAACGUGACGGACGACCCGGGAGGGGCACGCACGCGCAGGCUGCUCAAGGAGAACGAGGCGCAGGUACGUCUGCUCUACUGUUCCCAGGAGGAGGCCGAGCUGGUGUUUAAAGCAGCUUGGGCCGCGGGUCAGGCUGGACCCUCUCACAUGUGGUUCGCUGUGGGGCCAGCCCUGUCCGGCCUUGGCAUGGAGGGUCUCCCCAGGGCCCUGUUCGCCGUGCGUCCGCAGGGCUGGAAGGACAAGCCCCGCAUGAGGAUCGCCCGGGGCGUGUCCAUACUGACCCAUGGGGCGGUGGCACUGCGCCGCGACUAUGGGGCCUCUGGAGGGCCAAACUUUGUCACCAACUGCAUGACGGAAGCCAAUCAAACACACAGGGUGCGGGGGAGGAUGAGGUAUUUCAGCAACAUCACGUUGGGUGGCAGAGACUACUCUUUCGACAGUGACGGUUACCUGGCCAACCCCGUCCUAGAAGUCAUCUCCUAUACACCUGUCAAAGGCUGGGAGGAUGUAGGGAUGUGGGAGAACGGUAAGUUGGAUUUGGUUUAUCCAGCGUGGUCGCGUUAUGGUCCAUUCCUCCAACCGCCUGAUGGCGCCCAGCACCUGCGCGUGGUCACUCUGGAGGAACGUCCGUUUGUCAUCGUGGAGCUGGCUGACGCCGCCUCCAACACCUGCAUCAGAGACUCUGUACCCUGCCGACGACCCCUCAACGCCAGUAUUCCUGUCCAGGAUCCCCCAAAGAAACAGUGCUGCAAGGGCUUCUGCAUCGACAUCCUCAAACGAUUGGCCAAAAUCGUGGGUUUCACCUAUGACCUCUACCUGGUGACCAAUGGAAAGCACGGGAAGAAGAUUGAUGGAGUGUGGAACGGCAUGAUUGGAGAGGUGGUGGGACAGCGAGCAGAUAUGGCCAUCGGAUCCCUCACCAUCAACGAGGAGAGGUCAGAGGUCGUGGACUUCUCCGUCCCCUUCGUGGAGACGGGCAUCAGCGUCAUGGUCUCCCGUAGCAAUGGAACCGUCUCACCCUCUGCCUUCCUGGAGCCCUACAGUCCAGCGGUGUGGGUGAUGAUGUUCGUCAUGUGCCUGACCGUGGUGGCUGUGACCGUCUUCAUAUUUGAGUUCUUCAGUCCAGUCGGCUACAACCGCAGCCUUUCCAGCGGAAAGAAGGCAGGAGGCUCUACGUUCACCAUAGGAAAGUCUGUGUGGUUGCUGUGGGCCAUUGUGUUCAAUAACUCGGUCCCAGUGGAGAACCCCAGAGGAACCACCAGUAAGAUCAUGGUGCUGAUCUGGGCCUUCUUCGCUGUCAUCUUCCUGGCUUCCUACACAGCCAACCUGGCUGCCUUCAUGAUCCAGGAGGAGUACAUAGACACUGUCUCUGGACUCUCAGACAAAAAGUUCCAGCACCCCACAGAGCAGUACCCCCCUCUGAAGUUUGGAACGGUGCCCAAUGGAAGUACAGAGAAGAACAUCCGCAGUAACUACCCUGGCAUGCACCAUUACAUGGUCAAAUAUAACCAGAGAGGGGUGGAGGACGCCAUUAACAACCUCAAGACUGGGAAGUUGGAUGCCUUUAUCUACGAUGCAGCUGUGUUGAACUACAUGGCCAGGAAAGACGAGGGUUGUAAGGUGAUGACCAUAGGCUCUGGGAAGGUAUUUGCCACCACAGGCUACGGUAUCGCCCUGCACAAGAACUCCCGCUGGAAACGCCCCCUCGACCUGGCCCUGCUGCAGCUGGUGGGAGACGAUGAGAUUGAGAUGCUGGAGCGUCUGUGGCUGUCUGGUAUCUGUCACAAUGAUAAGAUUGAGGUGAUGAGCAGUAAGCUGGACAUAGACAACAUGGCAGGUGUCUUCUACAUGCUGCUGGUGGCUAUGGGGCUCAGUCUGCUGGUAUUUGCCUGGGAGCACCUGGUCUACUGGAGGCUCAGACACUGCAUGGCUACCAGCUCCGGGAGACUGGACUUCCUACUGGCCAUCAGUAGGGGCAUGUACAGUUGUUGUAGCUUUGAGGAUGAAACCACGCCGGGUGGGGCCAAAUCCUCCAUGGCUAUGCUCCCCCACCAUCAUGGCACCAUGGUAACAGUCCCGCCCCCGCCACACUUGGUCGGUGCGUCGUCAACCAACCCGGCCCUGACCAUGGCGCAGCAGCAACAGUCACAGCCCGUCUACAAAACACAGAUGCCUGGAUCCCCUCCCACCGUGGUGCAUUCUGGGACGGCGCUGGGGCCCUCCAACACUCCCAUGCUGGGGGCGCCACUGCCCUGCUCCACAUUCCUCCCCCGGCCCGAUCGCAGACUGGCCGUGGUGGACCGCUGGAGGCUGCCCAAGGCCGGGACCGCCACCAACCCCAUGGCCGUCCGCGAGGCCGUCGCAGACAUGGGGCUCUUCCCCCAGAAAGUGGCUCCAACCUGGGGCACGACAGCUGGAGGAGUGGGGGUUGGUGGUGGUGGUGGUGGUGGUGGGGGGCUGGAUGGAUAUAAACGCUACUAUGGACCCAUCGACCCUGAGGGUCUGGGGCCCUGUAUGGACCAGCCUGCAGGGUCCCAGACCCCCAAAACAGCCCCCAGGAGCCACCCUCAACCCCCUCCCGCCACUGUGGCCUUCUACUCAGAGAAAGGUCCUGACCAGGGGGUGGGGAAGAGGGUGGUGGGAGGUGGUGGUGCUGGGUGUCAGGGGAAGGGAGGGGUCAAACCUUUGGGGACGCCUCGGCUGCCUCCUAAAAGCCAAGCCGUGGGUGUGACCCCAGUCCCUCUACCCACUAACCCCCCGCUGCCACAACCCUCCCCCCCUCUCCCCUCAUCCUUUUGGAGGAAGCGCCGGCCCAAAAAGCCCAAAGAGCCAGGCGGGCCUCUGUACGAGAACAUCCUACCGCUGGGGCGCAGGGGAGGAGGAAGGGAUGGAAGCACGCGGGAAGGUUUGGACGCAGAGGACGAUGAUGAGGAUGAGGAGCUGACCGAGGAGUCCAGUCUUCUCCUGGGGAGGGGGAGGGACAGACAGCGUUCAAUUAUCUCCUCUCGCUCCCUCAGUCACGGGCGCCAGCCACCACCUAUACCACCCCGAAAACCACGCCCUGCCCGAGGGGAGAGAGACAGGGAGAGAGGAGGUAGCCAGUUGGCCCAGUUACAGGAGUGGUGGGCAGGCUGGGGGCGGUCACACGGCCAUGGGAAGAGAGAAAGCACGGCCCUGUCCCACAGCCAGGAGGAGCUGCUCCCCCACUGCCACAGCUUCAGCGGGGGCUCACGGCCCAAACCCCCUCCCAAACCAGACCAGGGCCAGGCCAAGUCAGGCAGCCAGGCCAGUCUCAGCACACAGCAGCCAGGAGUGUUGGUGGACCACCCCCCUCAGCCCUCCCUCUCGCCCCCUCAACCCCAACCUAGUGUCCCUUCCUCAUCCUCCUCCCUGCCGGUGCCCAUCCCUCCUCCUCCCUCCUCGUCCUCUGCCUCGGCCAGUGCUAAGCUCCUGUACCAGAGACUACGGUCAGUACCUCAGCCCGGGCGCUUCUACUCCCCCCACCUGCCACUCAAGGCCAAGAGCCUAUGCUCCCGACGAGGCUCCGCCCAUUUCUCCAGCCUGGAGAGCGAGGUAUGA